AUGGCUAUGCUGGAGACUAACCUUGCUGAGGAGGCUAAGCACAAGGUGAAAAGUGUGGUGGUGGCUCCGGGGCAAAGUGGUGACCGGAAGAGAAAAAGAGACCAGGCUGAAGAGGGUAAAACCUCAAGUGGUAAGCCUGUGUGCUCUAAGUGUGGUAGAAACCACUAUGGGGAGUGCUGGAGAGCCAUGGGCGCUUGCACUCGUUGUGGUAAGAUGGGACACUUUGCUCGAGAGUGCCCAAAUGUGGGAGGUGACCGGACUUGCCAUACUUGUGGUCUUAAGGGUCAUCUCAAGAAGGACUGUCCAAGACAAGCUGAUGGACAGAACAAGAACAGGAGUGGGGGUAGCAGGCCGGACCAGAACCGGGGUCAGACCUCAACUCCAAGGGUUUAUGAGCUGUCCAAAGAUGUGGAAGAGGCAGGGCCAAUCAAAGCAAUCACUGGUAAACUCUAA